GAUUCCGUUAAUAGAUAAAUCUCACACUCGAAAGAUCAUCAUCAAAGACAAAAAGGUUCGUGAUGAAAUCUCUUUUAAUGCGAACCGGUUCGAUGCCGGUUCAAACCCGGUUUAUCCCGACGACAAUCUCCCGUCACAACUCCGUCGAAUCGUUAUCCACCAACGGCGAUAGAUUCUCCGCCGGCAAGAUCUCGAUCGACGCCAAGUCCGCGGCGGGGAUGCGGAGGGCGUUAUCGGAAAGCGACGUGAUCAGAUCGGAGAGAAUGUCGAAGAGCGUCGUCGGAUCAAAGCCUUCUCCGGCGAGAAUCCCGGAGGAAGAUGAGCAAGGCUUCUCCGGUGGCGGUGGCGGUGGCGGUGGAUCUGGUUUCAGCGGCGGGUACGAGGAUAGGAGAAAGAUCGGUGAUUACUAUCGAGAGAUGUUGAAAUCGAAUCCGAACAGCUCGCUUCUUCUGAUGAACUACGGCAAGUUCUUGUACGAGGUGGAGAGAGAUUUGGAGAGAGCGGAGGAGUAUUACGGGAGAGCUAUACUUGCGGAUCCAGGCGAUGGUGAAGCGUUGUCGAUGUAUGGGAAGUUGAUUUGGGAGACGAAGAGAGAUGAGGAGAGAGCUCAGUGUUACUUUGAUCAAGCUGUUAACGCUUCUCCUGAUGAUUGUAUGGUUUUGGGAUCAUACGCUCAUUUCAUGUGGGAAGCAGAGGAUGAUGAGGAUGAAGAAGAAGAGUUGAUGGUUGGUGCAUCACCAGCUUUGGUUUAGAAACGCUACAAAGAAGAGUAAUGGAGACACUGUGACUAUGUAUUUUACUGAAUUUUCUAACUCUUUUGUUUUACUUGCGAUGUAGUAGUAAUCUGAAGAGCAAUAAACAUAUAUAUGUAAUGUAACAUAAGACGGAUGUAAUGAGAUGAGCAUGAUAUGUAAGAGAUAAUAAAAAGGCUUUUGUGUAA